CAAUAGAGAAGUGAUCUUGAUCCAUCACUUGAUUCUCGCAACUGUCAGAUUUGUGUUGUUGUUUUCGUAUCAACAAUUAGAAUUUGUGGUCAUUUUAACCCGAAGUUUAAUCGACUUUCUGAUCAACUAAGCGGCCAUAAUUAUGUCAACUCGUGAAAACAAUAGCAAUAAAAAGGAUCCAGUGAACAAUUUUAUCAGACCUUGGACAAUCAAGAAUAUCAGUCAAAUCAUCAAAGUGAGUAGUGGAAAUUUCAGUGGAGUCUCAAGUGAGUCGUUCGAGGUUUUCAAAAGUGUCGCAAAAAUGGGACUCGAUUGGACUUUGAACGAUAAUGGUUCGUGUGUUUUGACUCCAUCAGUUCAUCUACGUGUUAAUUAUCCGAUUAAUGUUAUGUUACGAAUGGUAAUCAAAUGUUCACGAUUCUCAUACGAACUACAAGACGGCCUUCCAUGGACAGUGGUUCCUGAUAGAGUCAACAUUUGGGAAAAUACUUGUAAACUCGACCUGAAUGAAUUUUUAAUCGACGAUUCAAUUACCCUGGUAUUGGAGAUGGUACAUCUUAUAUGUACUGAUGAAAUUAAUAAGGAAAAAGUAGAAGAAGAUGAGGCAAUAAUAGCGAGUAUCGAAGAUCGAUACCUUAAAAUGUUCAAAGAAGGUGAUAGAACCGAUUUUACCAUAAUUGUUGAUGAUCGCGAGAUAAAUUGUCACAAGUGUGUCCUACAAACGGUCUCAUCGAUAUUUGAAGAGAGAGAUGAAAAUUUAACCGAAUCAAGUUUAACCCUCAACAUGUAUGAUUAUGAUUGUAUUUACGAGUUUGUACUGUUCAUGUACUCGAUGGACGAAACUUGUCUUUCUCUCAAAAAGUAUGCCAAGCAUUUCUUAAGUUUGGGCGAUUUGUAUAAAGUGCGACUUUUAAAAGCGGCAGCGGAAUCGCACCUUCUAUCGACGAUCUGCUCGGCAAAUGCUCGUAGUUACGCUUGGCUGGGACUCCAAUAUAACGCUCGUCGAUUGCGACGUAAGGCCGAAGACAUGGCGACUUAAUUUAUUCCCUCCCGUUAAUUUCCUAAUCGUUUUAUUUAUUUGGUCAAGUUAAUCAACUCAACUCAACUCAACUUUUACAAGGAAAUAGCAAUCAAGUUGAAUUAAUUCAGUUUCUUCUUGAAAUAUAUUCUAUCAUUUUGACAAUCAAUUAGAUUGUUUCGUCUUCGAAUUCAAUUUAGUUGACUUAAUUCAUUUUCUAUUUAUCAUCAAGUCUUUUUAAUCUACUUUCAAUUCGUCAUCAGCUAAUCCAUUGGCUUAAUCCUUUCAAUCCGAAAA